AGCAAGAAUGAAGUGGAAUUCCAGGAAACAGUAUCAUUCUUUGCUUAUUUCUUGGAUUUAACUCGAAUCUGAGUUAAAACCGACGGUAAACAAGGAGAACCGCUCUUUUUUAGAGGCUGUUUGACCAUCAGCAAUCAUGAGAUGUCACAAAUGCAAGAUAAAUAAGCUAAGGAAGGAAUUUCCUUCUGAGGGGCUGACAGACAACUGUGAUCAUGCUCCUUUACACUGCCUUAGAUGCACCACAGAACAUGUACAGAAUAAUAGUUGCUGUUCAAUUUGCUCUGAACCAGUUACUACUGACAACCAACGUUACCGUGAAUGCAUCAGUAUAUUAGACAAGCUAUUCCCAGAGAUUGAAAUGCCCCAAGCAAUCCCAUCUGGUACCUUGGUUGCAUCAUCCACUACUGGCAGUGAGACAAUCACAGUCUCAAUGAUGGGUGGAGAGGCCACAGAGAUACCUUAUCAGGGAAGCAUGACUGUUUUGACGCUGAAGUACAAGAUACAAGAGCAUUUUGGGGUAGAACCACACAAACAGAGACUGCUAUACAAUGAGAAAGAACUGAAGGCAUACAUGAAUGUUGGAUCUAAACUUGUUACUCUCCAGUAUUAUGGAGUACAGCCCUUCACAACCAUAAACCUUAUCAUUGUUUUGUAUGACAUCCCUGAUACGUUUGAUGAAGUCAUCUUUGAUCUGUUCUGGGGAUAUCCCACUUCAGGAAGGGAUUAUUUGGAUGCAUCAGUACUUCUGUACAAUGGAACCUCCUUUAUAGAAACAGUAGACUACCGUAGAAUGCAAAGUAAGACAUGCAAUGCUGUCAAACACUCAGGGGAUGUCAUGGAUGAUACAAAUCGCCUUGGACAUCAUACUCUUAACGUCAAACUUAAAAGUCUACGAGAAGACAUAGACAAGUUAUUCUUCACAUUGAGUGCUUGGAAUUGCCCAAAUCUUUCAAAAUAUCCCAAGCCAAGCCUGCGUUUCUUUGACGCAAGGGCUCCAACAGAUCAGCUGUGUAGUGACUCCAUGCAACAUGCUGCAAAUUCUCAGGCUAUAAUUAUGUGUAGUUUGUGUAGAAUUGAAGGAGCUUGGAAAGUUUUGAGCUUGCGAACUGUUUCUAAUGGGAAUGCGAAGAAUUAUGAUCCACUCAGAGGCACAAUAUUACACAUGAUUCAAAGUGGCACAACAUAGAAACUCAAUGAAAUACUGGUUUAGAAAAUUAGGUAGAGUGCAAACAAUUAAUCUGUGAAACACUUAUUACUAAUUAGUACAAAAUAGUGCUAAUUUAACAAU